UCUCGAUGGUGUCGUACUUGGUGCUUUUUUCGAGCUCACUGAUGGUGUUUUUCAAGUUCCUGAUCUGGACCUCCAAGUCCUGUGUUCUGGAGUACUCUUCGCCUAUCAAGUCAGACAUUUCUGUUGCAUUUGCCUCUUGUGCAGAACCUCUUUGGAAGAGGCUCUUCUGCCCCAGAGAAGAAGAGAAGCUGUAUCUUCUGCGAGAAGCACGUGCGUUUUUUCUUCCUGUGGUACUUUCGCUGUGAGGAACGAGCUUCUUGACGACUUUUAGCUGGAACUGCGUCGUGUGGAAGAGAGGAUUCUGAUGGCAAUGGAGCAGCCUGUGCAGGAGGAUGUGCUUCCCACCAGAUGGGAGGUGGAACUAGAGUUUGUGCAAUCGUUGGCCAAUUUGAAUUAUCUCAAUUAUCUAGCACAGAAUAAGUAUCUUGAUGAUCUCAGGUUCAUGUCGUAUUUGAAUUACUUGUACAAUUACUGGUCCUUGCCAUCAAAUGCAAAGUUUUUGAUUUAUCCAAACUGCUUACAAAUUCUACAUUUGCUUUUAUUCUCAAAGGAUGAUUAUUUCAAGAACCAUAUAGUUCAAAGAGAAUUUGCUGACACUUUUAUGAACCAAAUGGUUGAGAAUUGGCAAAAGGACAAGAUAUGAAAGUGUGUAUACUUUUCUUUGUUUUGCGGACAGUUGUGAAUUGAAAUUAUAUAUAAAAUAAUAUAAAAUAAUAUAAAAUAAUAUAAAAUAAUAUAAAAUAAUAUGAUAUAA